UAAAUUUGGAGUGGGGUCAGAGGAGGGAGCUUCUUCUGCCUCGCCUAUCUCCAACAAUGCAGCACUUUGACUUCCUCAAUUUACCAACCUCGAAUAUGCGUCUGUAUAAAAACAGGAUGUGUGGUAUCGUAGCAGUGUUGUUCUGCAGUAGAAAAAGAGAAGAAGAGGAAUGACCAGUUUGAGUUGAAAUAUUUGAUGAUUUUUAAAUUGUGACUCUGAAGAGAAUAAUUAGGAACAAUGUUUUUCAUCCUUCUGGUUGUUUCUUUGAUGAGUUUUCUGCAUGACUUCCAUGUCUCCAGUUGUGAUGAAAACUGUGCAGAUAAACCUGUGUUCACACCGUCCAGACUGGUAGUGAAACAUGGUGACCCAACCUCUGCCACCUGCUCUGUAAAAGAUGUUUAUGAGAUUUUUAAUUUGGAAAGAUCUCUGGGAGACCUUAAAACAAAUGGAACAGAAAUUUUAUGGAAGGUUGAAAAAAUGACUGAAUGGGACAUGUUUGUCAUGUGCUAUUAUGAACUUGAUCACCAGUGUUGCAGCACGCUGCCUAUAACUGUGUACAAGCCUCCAGACAAUGUGUCCAUCAGCUUUAGGGAUCACUCUGGACCGUUGUUAGAGGGUCAUCAGUACACUCUGCAGUGUGAAGUACACAACGUUGCUCCUGUUGAAAACCUCACUGUGACCUUCUACAGAGGACAGACAGCACUGGGUCAACUACAGUCCAGCAACACAGGGAAGAAACCAGUGACUGAGAUCUUCACUCUGAACAUCAACACCAGUAAAGAGGAUGAUGGAGUCCAGUACUGGUGUGAGGCCAAACUAGAACUGGGACCUGAAGGACCACAGCCCCCUCUAGUGGUGACAUCAGAAAAAUUCAGUUCCCCUUGGACCAUACCCAGUACCAGUUCAACACCUAUUCCCAGCUUCAAGCCUCCAGACAGUGUGUCCUUCAGCUUUAGGAAUCACUCUGGACCGUUGUUAGAGGGUCAUCAGUACACUCUGCAGUGUGAAGUACACAACGUUGCUCCUGUUGAAAACCUCACUGUGACCUUCUACAGAGGACAGACAGCACUGGGUCAACUACAGUCCAACAACACAGAGAAGAAACCAGUGACUGAGAUCUUCAGUCUGAAUAUCAACACCAGAAAAGAACAUGAUGGAGUCCAGUACUGGUGUGAGGCCAAACUAGAACUGGGACCUGAAGGACCACAGCCCCCUCCAGUGGCGACAUCAGAAAAAUUCAGUGCCACUGUGAACAGUACUCCUGCCUCUGGGACAACUCCCAGUACCAGUUCCACACUGAUUCCCAGCUUCAAGCCUCCAGACAAUGUGUCCAUCAGCUUUAGGGAUCACUCUGGACCGUUGUUAGAGGGUCAUCAGUACACUCUGCAGUGUGAAGUACACAACGUUGCUCCUGUUGAAAACCUCACUGUGACCUUCUACAGAGGACAGACAGCACUGGGUCAACUACAGUCCAACAACACAGAGAAGAAACCAGUGACUGAGAUCUUCACUCUGAACAUCAACACCAGUAAAGAGGAUGAUGGAGUCCAGUACUGGUGUGAGGCCAAACUAGAACUGGGACCUGAAGGACCACAGCCCCCUCUAGUGGUGACAUCAGAAAAAUUCAGUUCCCCUUGGACCAUACCCAGUACCAGUUCAACACCUAUUCCCAGCUUCAAGCCUCCAGACAGUGUGUCCUUCAGCUUUAGGGAUCACUCUGGACCGUUGUUAGAGGGUCAUCAGUACACUCUGCAGUGUGAAGUACACAACGUUGCUCCUGUUGAAAACCUCAUUGUGACCUUCUACAGAGGACAGACAGCACUGGGUCAACUACAGUCCAACAACACAGAGAAGAAACCAGUGACUGAGAUCUUCAGUCUGAACAUCAACACCAGAAAAGAACAUGAUGGAGUCCAGUAUUGGUGUGAGGCCAAACUAGAACUGGGACCUGAAGGACCACAGCCCCCUCCAGUGGUGACGUCAGAAAAAUUCAGUGCCACUGUGAACAGUACUCCUGCCCCUGGGACUACACCCAGUACCAGUUCCACACCAACUCCCAGCUUCAAACCACCAGACAGUGUGUCCAUCGGCUUUAAUUAUGGCCGGAUGCUUAAAUACAGGCAGUACAGUCUGCUGUGUAAAGUACAGAAAGUUGCUCCUGUUGAAAACGUAAUUGUGACCCUCUACAGAGGACAGACAGCACUGUGUCAACUACAGUCCAACAACACAGAGAAGAAACCAGUGACUGAGAUCUUCAGUCUGAACAUCAACACCAGUAAAGAAGAUGAUGGAGUCCAGUACUGGUGUGAAGCCAAACUGGAACUGGGACCUGAAGGACCACAGCCCCCUCCAGUGGUGAUGUCAGAAAAAUUCAGUUCCCCUUGGACCAUACCCAGUACCAGUUCCACACCUAUUCCCAGCUUCAAGCCUCCAGACAAUGUGUCCAUCAGCUUUAGGGAUCACUCUGGACCGUUGUUAGAGGGUCAUCAGUACACUCUGCAGUGUGAAGUACACAACGUUGCUCCUGUUGAAAACCUCAUUGUGACCUUCUACAGAGGACAGACAGCACUGGGUCAACUACAGUCCAACAACACAGAGAAGAAACCAGUGACUGAGAUCUUCACUCUGAGCAUCAACACCAGAAAAGAACAUGAUGGAGUCCAGUACUGGUGUGAGGCCAAACUAGAACUGGGACCUGAAGGACCACAGCCCCCUCCAGUGGUGACCUCAGAAAAAUUCAGUGCCACUGUGAACAGUACUCCUGCCUCUGGGACAACUCCCAGUACCAGUUCCACACUGAUUCCCAGCUUCAAACCACCAGACAGUGUGUCCAUUGGCUUUAAUUAUGGGCGGAUGCGUAAAUACGGCCAGUGUACUCUGCUGUGUAAAGUACAGAAAGUUGCUCCUGUUGAAAACCUCAGUGUGACCUUCUACAGAGGACAGACAGCACUGGGUCAACUACAGUCCAACAACACAGAGAAGAAACCAGUGACUGAGAUCUUCACUCUGAACAUCAACAACGGAAAAGAGGAUGAUGGAGUCCAGUACUGGUGUGAAGCCAAGCUGGAACUGGGACCUAAAGGACCACAGCCCCCUCUAGUGGUAACAUCAGAAAAAUUCAGCUCCCCUUGGACCAUACCCAGUACCAGUUCAACACCUAUUCCCAGCUUCAAGCCUCCAGACAAUGUGUCCAUCAGCUUUAGGGAUCACUCUGGACCGUUGUUAGAGGGUCAUCAGUACACUCUGCAGUGUGAAGUACACAACGUUGCUCCUGUUGAAAACCUCACUGUGACCUUCUACAGAGGACAGACAGCACUGGGUCAACUACAGUCCAACAACAUAGAGAAGAAACCAGUGACUGAGAUCCUCACUCUGAGCAUCAACACCAGAAAGAAGAUGAUGGAGUCCAGUACUGGUGUGAAGCCAAACUGGAACUGGAUCUGA